AUGCUUCCUCUAUCAAUCUCUCGCCUUUUCUUGAAGACCAAUUCAGCCAAUGAGCCAAUUUUUUUACUCAAGAAGGUCCUUUUAUUCACCACUUGUUCAUCAUCAGCUGGAGAAUUUUUGGGUCAUUUGCUGAAAAAUAAAAAUGGGUCUGGUAUGGAGAAGACUCUGAACACAGUUAAGGCUAAACUAGAUGCUAAAUGUGUUAAUGAAGUAUUAGAGAAAUGCGCCGUUGAUGAUCCUCAAAUGGGUCUCAGAUUCUUCAUUUGGGCUGGACUUCAUCCCAGUUAUAGACACAGCAGUUACAUGUUUAGUAGAGCUUAUAAACUUCUCGGAUUUGAUCGCAAACCACGAAUUAUUCAAGAUGUCAUUGAGGUUUAUAGGCUGCAGAAUAAUUAUGUUCCAAGUGCUAGGAUGUUUAAGGUUAUUUUGAAUUUGUGUAGAGAGGGAAAAGAUGCUAACUUAGGCUUGUGGGUGUUGUGGAAAAUGAAAGAGUUGAAUUGUAGGCCGGAUACGACAGUGUAUAAUGUAGUUAUUCGAUUAUUAUGUGAGAAAGGUGUUAUGGAUGAAGCAAUGGGUUUGAUGAAAGAGAUGGAUUUGAUUGAUCUUCAUCCUGAUAUGAUCACUUAUGUUGUGUUGAUUAAAGGGUUGUCUGAGGUGGGUAGGUUGGAAGAAGCUUGUGGAUUAACCAAAGCUAUGAGGGGACAUGGAUGCGUGCCAAAUACGGUGACCUAUUCAGCUCUUCUUGACGGGAUUUGUAGGUUCGGGAGUUUGGAAAGGGCGCUUGAGUUAUUGAGAGAAAUGGAAAAAGAUGGUGGGCAGUGUAAGCCCAACGUCGUUACUUAUACUACUGUGGUUCAAAAUUUUGUUGAGAAAGGUCAGUCGAUAGAGGCAUUAAGUAUUUUGGACCAAAUGAGGGAUUUUGGUUGUAAACCAAAUAGGGUGUUUAUCUGUACUUUGAUUCAGGGUCUUUGCAAAGAUGGGCAUAUGGAGGAAGCGCAUAAAGUCAUCAACAGAGUAGCUGAAACUGGUAUUCCAUAUGAUUCUUGUUACAGUUUUCUAGUUUUAUCACUGUUUCGGAUUGGAAAACUCAAGGAGGCAGAAAUGUGUUUUAGGAGAAUGUUGGCUGGUGGCCUAAAGCCUGAUGGUUUGACCUCAAGCACAAUAAUGAGAUGGCUUUGUCAGCAGAGAAGGAUACUUGAUGGAUAUCACUUGAUUGACGCGAUUGAGCAGUCUGCAGGCGUAUCUUCUAUAGAUUCUGAUAUUUAUUCUAUACUUAUGGCUGGACUAUGUGAGGAAAAUCAUCUUGUUGAAGCUGCAAAGCUUGCUAGUCUAAUGGUAGGGAAAGGAAUUCAGCUUAAAGGUCCUUGUACUAAGAAUGUAAUUGAAUGUCUUAGACGUUGUGGCAAAGAAGAUUUAGCUUCAAGCAUUGGUAGUAUUAAGUGCUGA